GAAGGAAAAGGAGGAGGAAAAGACAGAGGAAAAGCAGAAGAAGGAAGAGGAAAAAGGGAAGAAAAAAGAGAAGGGGAAGAACAAGGGAAAGAAGGAGGGGAAGGAGGUGAAAGGGCCAAGUGAGGAGCAGGUCAAAGCGCCAAUUGCCGCUCCAGAGCCCGAGCUUAAAACUGAACCAGACAUUGAACAGGCUCCAGAUCAGCACUCGAUAAGCAGCACAGAGACACAGCCAGCUCAAGAGGAACACAAGGAAGAAGCAGCGAUAAAGACGGAGCCUGAAAUAGUGGAAGAAGUAAAGACGGAGGACACAGAGAAAAAGGAGGAAGAACCAGCAGAACAGCAGAAAGAAGUCGAGGGAGAGGAAAAGACAAAGGAGGAGGCAAAGAAGGAGAAGCCUGUAAAAGAAAAGAAGACAGAGAAGAAGACAGAAGAAGCCAAAGGCUCCAAACGUCAGAAAACCAUGCAGUGCAAAGUCACCUUACUGGAUGACACUCAGUUUGAGUGUGAGCUUGAUAAACAUGCUAAAGGUCAGGAACUUCUCACAAAGGUGUGUGACCAUGUCAACCUGCUGGAGAAAGAUUACUUUGGUCUCGCUAACUGGGAAUCUUCAACCAGCAAGACAUGGUUGGAACCCACAAAAGAGAUCCGGAAACAGGUUUCAGGUGCUGUCUAUGAGUUUACAUUCAACGUGAAGUUCUACCCUCCUGAUCCAGCACAGCUUACUGAGGACCUCACUAGGUACUUCCUCUGUCUCCAGCUGAGGAAGGACAUUAUGCAUGGUGUUCUUCCCUGUUCCUUUGUCACAUUGUCCCUGCUGGGAUCCUACACAGCCCAGUCAGAGAUUGGGGAGUAUGACCCAGAGCUCCAUGGAACAGACUAUGUUAAGGAUCUGAACCUGGCCCCUGGACAGAGCAAAGAACUGGAGGACAAAGUGAUGGAGCUGCACCGCACAUACAGGUCAAUGAGUCCAGCUCAGGCGGACAUGCUGUUUCUGGAAAAUGCCAAGAAACUCGCCAUGUAUGGAGUUGACCUGCACCAAGCCAAGGAUCUGGAUGGUGUUGACAUUACGCUGGGGGUUUGCUCCAGUGGUCUGAUGGUUUACAAGGACAAGCUGAGGAUCAACCGUUUCCCUUGGCCCAAAGUGCUAAAGAUCUCUUACAAACGCAGCAGCUUCUUUAUCAAGAUCCGGCCAUCAGAGCAAGAGCAGUACGAAAGCACAAUUGGCUUUAAACUGCCCAACUACAAAGCCUCAAAGAAGCUGUGGAAAGUUUGUGUUGAACACCAUACCUUCUUCAGGGUUUCAACAGUGGAGCCUCCCUCGUCACGUCGCUUCCUCGUCUUGGGCUCGAAGUUCCGGUACAGUGGGCGUACUCAGGCCCAGACCCGCCAGGCGAGCUCCAUGAUUGACCGUCCAGCCCCUCGCUUCACACGCUCUGCAAGCAAGAGGCUGUCCCGUAACCUAGAUGGAGCUGGAGACGACACUCUCCAGUUUCUGCAGCAACUCUCAGCUUCAACCAGAGCUGAGGCUGAUGAUUGGUCAUUGCUGGCAUCUGACAAACCUCAGCCUUCUCCUGAAUUCACAGCCAGAGGGGAGUCUUAUCAGACUGUCACUCAGUCCUGGGAGGAGGGGCAGUCUGUUCAGGCAGUCACUGUAACCUGGCAGGACACAGAGACUGGGCAGACUGGCUCUCAGACCAUCACACAGUCAGUCAGCCAGCCAUGGCAGGACCUGGCAUCUGAUGAGCAGCAGGAGCAAAAAACAAAGGAAGACAAGUGGUCUGCCCUUCUCCAUCGUGAUCCUCCUUUUCCCUAUGUCCCACCUUUCGAUUUUGUGAAACAGCCAGCUAAGCUCAGCUUGAGAGAAGUGAGCUCUAUGAACAGGCUCUUGCAACCUGCGCUGAAAGAGCAAGACAAUUGGUUCCUGUACUUUGACCGAAUCUUCAGCCCGUCUUCACUUGAGAGUGUUGAAAAACCAUUCUCUCCCCUAGUCCAGUUCCAGCUCCAGGAGAAGGAUGAGCAGGAACUGACCAGUGAGGAGGUCAUUGAGAGGCUUCAGGAAACAGUGACCUUGGUAGACAAACUGACAGAGGCGGAUGUUUUGGAAAGGAGGUUGAGGGAAGUGAGGGAUUUGGAGGAAAGGCUCCAGGAAGUGGAUGAGGUGGCAGAGAGACUUCAAGAAGUAAUAGAGGAAGAAUUGGGGAAGGAAGAGGUAGACAAAUUAAGAGAGGAAGAAGCAGCUUUGGAGAAGCAAGUGGAAGGUCAAAUAGAAAUAGUGGUGAAGAAAUCAGUGAGGAGAAUAGAGACAAAAGUGGAGGAUGAAGUGGAUGAACUGGAAGAACAAAUAAAGCAGGUGUUUUUACAAGGCUUGUUGCCUGAUGAGGACGAGGUUGAGGUGAAACAGGAGAGUGAAAAAGAGUUGACAGAUGAGAGCCGGUUUGGCUUCCCAGAUGUUGCUGGUACCACUUCUGUAGUGGCAUAUCAGACAGUGGCGCGUGCAACUAAGAAGAGAGUGACUAUUGUAGAUGAGAGAGGGCAACAACAGGAAGAUACAGACAUGCAGGGACAGGCUGGUGUAAUAACAGAGGAGAGAUUAGAAAAACGAGAGAUGUGGCGUAAGACUGAAUUUCUGGAGGAGAGACCUGAGACAGAGGUUACAGAGACUGAGGUGGAAGAUAAAGAUGUUUGGUUCAUACUUUUUGGCCGCCUUCCAUACAAAGCUGUUUUCAAACCACCAGUUACCGCUGUGGAUAAAGGCAAGUAUUUCUUCUCAAAGACUGAGAUUACAACAGUUGAGGAGAAAACAGAGAUAGUAGAAGAGAAAGUAUGGCCUGCACCAGAGGUCCCACCACCACAUACCAUCACAGCCAGAGAUGAUGACUGGUUUGUGUUGCUGGAUGUUGUUCCCAGAGAAACAGCUUAUAUACCACCAGUUAUCUGGAAGGAGCGAGACCAGAUGGAGGCAGAAAGUUUUGUCUCUGUGGUUGGAGCUGCAGCAGAUAAGGAGGUUAGAGAAGUAGUUGUUGAAGAGAGAAAGAUCAUAGAAGAAGCACCAAGACGUCUACAAGAAAUUCCACCACAACCAGUGACAGCCAGAGAUGAUGACUGGUUUGUGUUGCUGGAUGUUGUUCCCAGAGAAACAGCUUAUGUACCACCAGUUAUCUGGAAGGAGCGAGACCAGAUGGAGGCAGAAAGUUUUGUCUCUGUGGUUGGAGCUGCAGCAGAUAAGGAGGUUAGAGAAGUAGUUGUUGAAGAGAGAAAGAUCAUAGAAGAAGCACCAAGACGUCUACAAGAAAUUCCACCACAACCAGUGACAGCCAGAGAUGAUGACUGGUUUGUGUUGCUGGAUGUUGUUCCCAGAGAAACAGCUUAUGUACCACCAGUUAUCUGGAAGGAGCGAGACAAGAUGGAAGCAGAAAGUUUUGUCUCUGUGGUUGGAGCUGCAGCAGAUAAGGAGGUUAGAGAAGUAGUUGUUGAAGAGAGAAAGAUCAUAGAAGAAGCACCAAGACUUCUACAAGAAAUCCCGCUGCAGCCAUUGACAGCCAGAGAUGAUGACUGGUUUGUGUUGCUGGAUGUUGUUCCAAGAGAAACAGCUUAUAUACCACCAGUUAUCUGGAAGGAACGAGACCAGAUGGAGGCAGAAAGUUUUGUCUCUGUGGUUGGAACUGCAGCAGAUGAGGAGGUUAGAGAUGUAGUUGUUGAAGAGAGAAAGAUCAUAGAAGAAGCACCAAGACGUCUACAAGAAAUCUCACCACAGCCAGUAAUAGUGCCAGCCAGAGAUGAUGACUGGUUUGUGUUGCUGGAUGUUGUUCCCAGAGAAACAGCUUAUGUACCACCAGUUGCUGUUGUGGAGCGUGCUCAAGUGUCACCAGAAAAACGUGUCUCUCUGAUUAAAGUAGCAGCUAUUGAACAGUGGGAAACAAGAGUGCAGGUUGGGGUGCUGGGUGAAAAGCGAGUAGAAGCACCUCCACGGGCUGUGAAAGAGAUAGAAGAUGACUGGUUUGUGCUGAUGGAUGUUCCCAUGAGAGAACCAUCAUUUGUGCCACAAGUUACCAUGGCCAAGUAUGUUGAGAUUUAUCCCAAGGAAAGCAUUUCUGCUGAGUCCAAGAAGGAGGUUGUAGUUAAAGAGAUUGUGGUUCGGAAAGAGGAAAAGAAGCUUCCCAUGCAAAUUAUUCCAGAGCUGAAAAUAUCUCAGCCAGUGAGAGAAAGAGACGACUGGUAUCUGCUGCUGGAUGCUGUGCCUACAGUUGCCCCUGUUGACAUUAUUCCGGAAAUGAGGAAGGCGUCUGAGAUUGAGGUGACAACCACAGAGACUAGAGCAUGGACGAAGAUGAUAAUUGGUGUGGACCGCAGGCAAGACCAGACACGUUUGUCUGAAAUUAGACCAAUCCAAACUGUUCCACCGUCAGAGAGAGAAGACGGAGAUGAUUGGUUUAUCCUGUUUGAUGUCAUCCAAGAAAAGCCUCUCUUCGUACCACAAGUCGCUGUCCCUGAGCGCAUCCAGCUCCCGGCAGAGGUCAGACCUCCAACCGCUGUGGCCAAAACAAGGAAACCACUGUUUGAGAGACGGAUCCUGGAGGAAAGACAGCCACUAAAACAUACAUAUGUCAAUGAUGAUUGGUUUGUUCUACUAGAUGUUGACCUCAAAGAGUCAGUGGUGAGCACACAGAGGGGUGCCCGUCCUGUCAGUGCUCCGGUCUUCUCCCAGGCUGCUCUGGCUGAGGCAGGGAUCCCCAUGGCCCCCUUGGACCAGCCCCAGACCUCCACUCCAAUCAAGACCAGCCGCAAAGAGGAAAGAAAGCUGGAGGUCACUGUGGAAGCUGUGGAGCCCUCAAAAAUCGAGGAUGUGGCUGAGGUCAAGUCAGCAGUGUGGAGGGACCAGGGGGAAGUUGACUCUUCACUGAUAUCCACCAUCAAUGGGGACAUUCAGCACGAGUCAGAGGUGACAAGCACGGAAGUGGUGCAAAUGCGAAAGAAAAGAGCUAAGAAAAUUGAGGGUGACUCAAUUUAUAUGAGACAUAGCCUUUUAAUGUUGGAGGAGUUCAGUAAACCUCAGGAGGAUCUGCUCAGGCACCAUGCCAGCAUCAGUAAGCUGAAGAAGAACUUCAUGGAAGCCGUCCCGGAGCCCAGGCCCAGUGAGUGGGACAAGCGCCUAUCCACACACUCUCCGUUCCGCACCCUGGGUAUCAAUGGUCAACCUCUGCCCAGCGCAGAUGGGAGUGUGUGCAUUAGUUCCCUAUGCAAUGGUUCAGAGACUUCACAUGAGGAAACCAGCAGCAGUCUGGGCUUGUCAGGCAUACCCAGGCCCACUGUGUGCCACAAGAGUGAGCCUGAUGGUGCCGAAGCCCACGGUGCACCUGCUGAGGAAGAGUCAUGUGAUCAAGACGAGGUUGUAGUUUUUGAGACCUCCUUGGUGCCCAUCAUAGAGGUGGAGAUGGCGCAGUUGCCUUCCUCCCUCGAACCCUACUGUAAAGCUUUAGAUGAGACCCAGGAGGAAGAAGGAUCAUAUCCCGGAGUGUCGGAGUGCUCUGGGAGGAUAGUUGGAUCUUCCCCAGCCUCCUAUUUCAGGAGCGAUGGUCCACAGGUCAUACGCUGCUUCCAGCCCCCUCUGGUGCAGACCCAGACAGUCACCAUCACAGCUGUCUCCAACUCCUUACCCACUGGCAUCUCCACCACAGAGGUUCCUAUCGUCCCGACCAAGACCUUCACCUAUGAGUCUUCAAAGGUGACAGUUGAUGGGACAGACGAGGACAAAGACGGCACAACUGUGUCCAGCUCCAAGACCAUUACUUCGGAGGCCACUAGUGGCACCACGGUCACCACCACUACCACUCACAUCUCAAAGGUAGUGAAAAGUGGAUCUUCAGAGACUCGUGUGGAGAAGAGGAUUGUCAUAACUGCAGACUCUGACAUCGACCAAGAUAAGGAGAAACAUGGCGGAGCAUCAGCAUUGUAACUGAAUCACCACCUUCAUUUAUUCCUUUGACUCUCCACCUCUGACACCCCUUUAUCAGAGUGCAGCAAUCAACACACACUGACCAGCUCUAUCUACACACACAUAUCUAAAAAGAAAUCUCUCAUAAAUCUGCUCGUAAUGUGAUAACCAAGUAGAUAAAUGCUAGCUUUUUUUUUUUAUCAGCUGAGCUGUUCAUUGUAGUUGAAAGGAGGACUGCGCACAUCUUGAGUUUUGAUUAAAUGCUUAUCCUGGUGUUUGAAAAGCUAAGCGAAUACACUUUUAUUGGUUAAAACACAGCAUUUUCAGUUAAGUGAUCUCAGCUACGUUUGCUUUUAAAUGCUUUUAUUUUCCUAGUGGUUUUUACUUUGUUAAUUUUAUACAAAUGCACUGUUUCCAUUCUAGUUUAGACGCCAUUAUCAGCAUUUAUUCCCUUGGUGCUGCUAGGGGAACGUUAAGACUACAUUCAAGGGAACUCUUGUUUUUGUUGUUGUUUACUUGUCUAUUUAAUUCAGGAAAGACAUUUUUUUUAAAUGAAAUGACAUACCUCGCAUCAAUAUGUGAACAAAGAUAUUCUGUGCUCAAAUUUCAACUUUGUUUGGCUUUGUUCACUGCUCAGGUACAAAAACAAAAACCUAAAUCUUUUCUUUCCCAACCAGCCAAGAACCGGUAGCCUACACAUUGUUGUAAAGUUUGAAUUAAAAAUUGAUCUAUUUUGAAAUAUUUCUCUAUUUUAUAGAAUUAAUGCUUUUAUAGUGUUUGUACAAAUUGAGGUUUUUAAGUUAUUCAUAUCCAUCUGCUGAAAUUGUAGGUUACCAUUGUGCUGUUUACUGAAUUUUGAGUCUCUAAUUAAGACCUUACCUGUCUUGCCUGACACCCCUGAAUCAUUCUUAUUCGUUUCCUCUCGUAGUCCACCAAGUUUAUCAAACCUUUCACAAAUUACAUGACAACGGAGUGCUUCCCUCAGCCCUGUGUUUUAUUCAGUAGCAUAGUCGACAUAAUUGCUUCAAAUAUAUUUGGUUGAUAAACGUUUUACAAGCUUUGGUCUGUUCAUCUCAGGUUUUGAUAUUCUUUGUAAGUACAGACCUCCAUAUGAUUGUACGAGGAAUGUCCAUAUAUGUAUAUCCACCCCUACUUUAAAGGUACCUUUAUGUUCAGCCAAGUGAGGUCAGUUAAUAUAAAAGCUUGUUUGUCACAGUAACCACGCGUGUAAGAGGUGAAGGCAGCUGUCCCAGUAUAUGUGGCUUUUCUCUCAUAGAAGCACAAGUUGUCUUUUUUACAUGUUCUACUAUACAGUAAUUUAUUUGUAAAGUAGGAAGACGUUUCAUGUGAUUUGAUGUACUGUGAUGUUUCAACACAAGCUUGUUUCCAGGCUUCCACUAAAGAUGUCACAAUGUUAAAUAUUGCAUUAAUUAUCAACCAAGUUUGUAAAGCCUUUUUACCAUAUAGUCUAAGUAGAAUGCUCUCUCACUUGCUGUUUUCCUUUACCUUUCCAUAGAGGAGAAAAAACUUAAAAUAUAAGAAUCCCUUUUAGAUAACAUGUUUGUUAGCAAACUUUUUUUUUUACCCAAAAAGAAGCCAUUGCUAUUGUAGCGACAUGGACAACAGCAGCAAACUCUCCGGGAAGAAAAGGUAGAAUUUCACACAAAGAAAAAUAGUUUUUAGACAUUGGAAAAUAUUGUUGCUUUGUGACUUAACCCUGUCUUUUUAUGAAAAAAAAUAAAAUAUGCAUUAUUUUGCA